AGCAGUGUGACGUAUGGGCCGGUAGAGCUCCAUAAAAAGAGCCAGCAGUGGGCGGGCCGGCAGAAGGUUCUAGUUGGUGCCGUGGUGUCGGUGGCGUUGUGCGAUACGAGCAUCUCGCCAUGACCCGUGGAAAUCAGCGUGAACUUGCCCGACAGAAGAACCUGAAGAAGACUCAGGAAACUCUCAAAGGUAAAAGAAAAGAGGAUAGCUUGUCUGCAUCUCAGAGAAAGCAGAGAGACUCUGAAAUCAUGCAGCAGAAACAGAAGGCAGCCAACGAAAGGAAGUCUCUGCAAGCAACAAACGUGUCAGUCAAGUAGAAGGGCCUAGAAGAUGGUUCAUAAAACUGCUUGCUAAAUGGUUAAAUGUUUAUCUCGCAGCUUUGUUCAACCAGCAUUAGUUUGUUUCCUGUUUAGUAUAGGCUGAUUUGUCUGGAAUGCUGUUUUUAAACUGACUAUAGUCUGCAUGGUCAUGGCUAGGAAUAGCUUUACUGCAGGUAUUGCUAUGCCCAGGAAUAGCUUUACUCCAGCUAUUGCUGCAUUUAGGGUGUAACUAAUGGUUCCAGUAGUCAGUUUUCUAUAUCUACAGUGAGACCCCAUUUUCUUGUCUUAACUUCUGAAGUCCGACAUCAUUUGCAGUGGAACACAGCAGUGAAACGUGCUUAACCUGACAGAGGUCUAAUCUGUAAAACCCAUCGUAUUUUUACAAUAAAACAUUGCAUGAAAUA